AUGUUUGAGGAUACCUGGAGUGACGAUGUGUCACGGCGUUGCUCAUUGCCUACACUGAACUCGUUCACUUUCCGAUGCGAGCCAGAGCGACAAGAAGAUCCUACGAUGCGACGUUUACCCCCAUUACCUCGCGUUGAGCCACUGCCUCCCGGUCCGUUCAGUAGCAAGGCCUUCACGCCAAGUUCUUAUGUCCCAAGCCCCCCCAGCUCUCAAGAUGCUUUCCCGGGCAAGUCAGCAUGGCUCAGCAAUGAGCAGCAGUCUAUUGUCUCGCCUCCUUCGCCAGCCAGCUCAGUGGAACUUUCACUCAAGGAUACCUUCUCCACUCAAAAAGCAUUUGGCUGGCCUAACGACCUCUCAUAUACCGAGAUUAUGUCUCUAGUGGCUCCACGAAAUAUCAACCGAAAGCCGCCACUGCAACAACUAUGCGGACGCAAGCGCAAGAGCGAGACUGUCUCCAGUGACCAGGAUGAUCAGCGCGAGAAACACCGCAUCGCCGAGGGAAAUAGGCGUAAAAACCUCAGUCAACUACAUCGCGAAUUAGAUAGCCGUGUACACGACUUCUUCCUUGAACGCGCUGGCUGGAAUCCCGGCAAGAGUCUACCCCAGUCCAAGGAGCACAUUGUGCAGGGGGCUAUCUUCCUAAUCGACUUCAUGCUUGCCAUCAUUGUGCACUUGCUACGACAGGAGAAAAAUAUCCCCGCACAACUAUCGGAGAAUCUUCAGGGUCAGCUUCGAAGCAUGCAGCUUCAGCAGCUGGUUGCGAAUCUGCAAUCGCAAAACCAGGCUACGCAAUACCAGAUGCGGAGCCUGAAGCAAGAAUAUGACGAAUUGCUUGAUCGGCAUCGCGCAUUGGAGUUUAAGCUCAAGUCGUAUGAUCAAGUGUUUCGUUCUCCGAAACCAGAGGUUAUCACACCUCCGCCACUGGCUACGAUACCUGAAUCGGAGGCUCAGUCUUCGUCCUCUGAAAGCCAACAUGGCAAAAGAAUGCUACCAGGUCUACGAGUCUUUUGUGAUGAGAUUGCCGCCCUGAGCCCGGAGAGCUCUGAGACUGGUCCCCAUAUCAACAGCAAUCACAACUACUACAACAACAACAACAACAUCAUCAUCACUGGAGGAUCUCAAAACCUCGAGUUUAUCCCACGCAGUAUGAUAUCUCCGACGAGAACAAUGAGUCCCACAUCGCCAAUGUGUCUCACACCGUCAUUUUCACAACAGUCUCUGCCUUCAUCUCGACGUGAGUCUGUGAACCACAUGGUGUGA